UUCAGAUUCCACCAUCGAACUUUUCUGAAAUUUGCCUGCCCCAUCAUCCCUUGCUUUUGAUAUCUGCAGCCACCCUUCUGAACAACCCAAUAGAUACCCCCAGAGACAUAAAAUAUGGGUCUUGCUUCCAAACUCGCCGCAGCGAAUGCUGCCUACCCAGGAGGUCCUCCCACGAAUUUCCCGCCUGGAGGCCAAAAUCCUGCUGGAUAUCCCGGCUCGCAGCCACAACAACCUCAGUAUCAAGCCUAUCCUGGUGGUCCGCCCUCGGGUCCGCCCAAGCCAGGCGCCACGGUAAGACCCUUCCUUGCCCACUCUCAGACCAUUUCUUAGCUCGACUGCGUCAUCGUUCCUCCCAUCUUCUCCCACCACUGGCUGCACCCAUUUCCACUGUGAGGAUUCUUUUCUGCGCCCAGGCUAGGCCUUGAACCCUACACAUCCCUUGAGGACAAUUACACGACAGCGAUCGUGCUCAUUACACGUCCUUCACUAUAAAAUGAGCAAGUUCUCGCGUUUGGCCCAAGCUGGCCAACUUGGAGGCCAACCUCCUGCACCGCAACAGAGCCCCGCGCCAAUGUCACAACGUCCAUAUUCCCCUCAACCACCAGUUCAACAAUCUCCAGCAUCUUCCUACCCUCCCGUCCCUCCACGACCGAACGCCUCCCCCCAGCCCUAUCAGCAGCCUUCCUGGCAGCAGCCUCAGCAGCAGCAACAACCCUACGGCCAGCAGCUUAGUCCGCCGCCUCAAGGAGGAGGAUAUCCAUCGCCCUCAUCUCAACCCGCCUACACCCCAUAUCAGGCACAGUACCAACCGCCGAAUCCGCAAAAUCAAUACGGUCAACCUCAAUACCAGCAGCAAGGCUAUAGUGGAUAUGGACAAGGACCUCAGCAAGGUCAACCUCCUUACCCCGGAGGCCCGGGUGCACCACCACAGCAAUAUGGAGGUCCACAACAAGGUGGUCCACCACCCCAGCAACAAUAUGGUGGAGGACCUCCCGCCCCGGUUGGUAAUGUAGGAGCGUACAAGCAGCUUUUGCAAGCCGCAAUCCAAGAAAAGGGCCUACAAAACUUCUACCCUCCCGGACACCCUCAACUCGACCAGAUUGCAAAUCGGGCCUCCGCACAGGUCGCUCAACUUGCACAGGCUUGGCGCAUCAAUCCUGAGAUUGCGUCUGACAUCGUCAAGCUUGCCCUGUACGAUGUGAUUCUUUACAUCGACGAUAGCGGCAGCAUGCAAUUCGAGGAAAAUGGGGAGCGCAUCGAUGAUUUGAAGUUGAUACUGUCGCGUGUCGCCUAUGCUACCUCCCUGUUCGAUGACGAUGGUAUCCAGGUUCGGUUCAUGAACUCUCCCGAGCAAGGCAAUGGCAUUCGAAACGAACAGCAAGUCACAGAGAUGGUGAGUCGGACUCGUUUCUCUGGAUUGACACCCAUGGGACGUGAGCUCCAGAACAAGAUCUUGGGACCUCUGGUACUUGGGGCUGCACGUAGUGGAGCUUUGAAAAAGCCGAUCCUUGUGAUUACCAUCACCGACGGGCAACCAACCGGCGAAAGCUCUGCAGAUCUUGCCAGGAUAAUUCGCAAUGCCUCGGACGAGUUGGCGAGAAACCCUCGAUAUGGAAAAGGCGCUCUGGCUUUCCAGUUUGCGCAGGUCGGCAAUGAUCUCAAGGCAAGAGAAUUCCUGAGCAAGCUUGAUGAAGAACCCAGUAUUGGAGACAUCAUUGAUUGCACAUCCAACUACGAGGUGGAAGCGGAUGAAAUGUCAAGAGCCAACCCUCCAGUGCACCUCUCGCCGGAACUGUGGCUGAUCAAGCUGCUCCUCGGUAGUAUCGAUUCAUCGUAUGAUGCCAAGGACGAGCAAGGCAGUGGUUCACGACCUCCACAAGGAGGAUACGGCGGACCGCCACAGCAGGGAGGUUAUGGUGGUCCUCCUCCACCUCAGGGUGGUUACGGUGGUCCCCCACAGCAAGGAGGCUAUGGUCAACAGGGAGGGGGUUAUCCACCGCAACAAGGAGGUUAUGGUCAACAGCAAGGUGGUUAUGGUAGACCUCCUCAGCAAGGCGGGCCAGGCGGCUAUCCUCCCCAACAGGGUGGCUACGGCGCUCCACCUCCACCACCCAGAUAUUAAACCUUGGACUUUUUGCGUCCGGCGGGUGAUGUUAAAGUUGAUGCAGCUGUGGCUGUCUGCAAAAGUGCGAAUUCUACACUUAUCUUAAGAAGCAGUGACGUUUGUGGUGGGCCUGUAUGGGCAGGUUGAAUGCCAGAAUUGCUAGUCACAUUGUGUUAGGGCGGGCGAUCACCAUUCUCGUGGGCUUCGCAUCAUCGUAGCAUAUGGUGGACAAGUAGAUUUCCAAGCAUCCAGUGGUGUUUGAAAUGUCAUGUCUCUCCUGCAGGGUUAUGAAAGGGAUGUCAAUCGCUUCAAUGACAAGUCCGAUACUUCAUAGUGUCGGUCCAGAGACAUAUCUCCAGGAAUGACCAAGUCUGUCUCUAGUACUAGUAACACAACCUUGACAUGCAAUGGUUUAGAUUGUCCGCUCGCAGCAGGAGCUGUAAGAGCAGCACGUGAG